AUUACCUUGCUCAGACGUCUCUUUCCGCCGCCAUCCGUCAUCCUAGAGACACACAACACCACAAACCUGUACUAAACAUGAGCUACAAAGUGGAAGAGAGGGGAAACCCAAACUCCCUGAGCUACCGCUUGUUCUUCAAAAAUGCGGAGGGAAAGUAUGUCUCACCAUUCCAUGACAUACCGAUGUAUGCUGAUGAGAGUCAGAACAUCUUUCACAUGGUUGUUGAAGUACCAAAGUGGACAAAUGCAAAGAUGGAGAUCGCAACAAAAGACCUGUUGAACCCAAUAAAGCAAGAUGUGAAGAAGGGCAAGCUGCGAUAUGUUGCCAAUGUUUUCCCACAUAAAGGCUACAUAUGGAACUAUGGAGCCAUUCCUCAGACUUGGGAAGAUCCGGCACACAAAGAUGGAGACACUGGCUGCUGCGGUGACAACGACCCCAUCGAUGUCUGUGAAAUUGGCAGUAAGGUGUGCUCUCGUGGGGAGGUAAUCAAAGUGAAGGUGCUCGGGAUCCUGGCCAUGAUCGAUGAGGGCGAGACUGAUUGGAAAGUGAUUGCAAUCAAUGUAGAGGACCCUGAAGCCAAAGACUUGAACAACAUCAGUGAUGUCAAGCGCCUGAAACCUAGUUACCUCGAGGCCACAGUCGACUGGUUCAGGAGGUACAAAGUGCCAGAUGGGAAACCGGAGAACAAGUUUGCUUUCAACGACGAGUUCAAAGACAAGGACUUUGCCAUUGAAGUUAUCAAGAGCACUCACAACUUCUGGAAAGCCCUUAUUGCCCAAACGGCCAAUGCUGGGGAACUGAUAUGCAAAAACACGUGCGUCUCGGCCAGCGACAGCCCUCUCUGCUGCUCAGUGGACGAAGCUAAAGCUGUUGUUGGUGAAACCUGUCCAUGUGGAAAAGAAGAACCUAUCCCCUCAUCAGUGGAUACAUGGUUCUACUACGAUAGGAAGUAAACCAAGAGCUGUUCGGAUCGGAGCAGACUGAAAGGCUCGUCUCUUAUAGGAAUACUUGAAGGUGGUCUUACCAAUGGGAACCAAUGGGAUGACGGGAUGGGACGUGGAUGCUUGGGUCUGGGCAGGCUGUUUCCCUGUAGAUGGAGAGAUAGUGGUUAGAUACUGUAGAGAAAAAGCAAAGUAAAAAAUGCACUUAUGUCUUGACCAAUGAAUUUUCACUUAUUUAACAAAGAUCUCUCUGGAGAUGUGCUGUCAGAAACAAAGUACAAGUGCCUGUAGAAACUUGUGCCAUGUAUGUGAGUCUGGACUGCUUUAAUAAAGCUUCUCUGGUUAAAUUAUCAA